GUGCAAUUCCAUAAAGUCCUCUUUUUUUUACUCCCAUUCCUUAUUUUUCCCUAUUCCUUGUUUCUUGUUCCUUUUCCCAAUUGACCAAUUACCAAUCUCAAUUAUUAUCUGGCGCCGUUCUGUAAAAUCAACGCCUAAAAUUAUUACAGCCACUCUCUUCCUACCACUGUUUUAUACUUGAAUUUUAUUAGACAGAGAAAAUUAUUAAUAAUACUAUUAAACUAUCCAAAUACCCAUAUUGUGAUAAUAAUGGAGGGAGGGACUAAAAACUAUCACAAUUCACAAUUAUAGUCUUGUCUAUGUCUAAUUCCUAAUUUUACUCUACAAGAUUUGAUAUUUAUAAGUUUUUUCUUUCCAAAUUCCCUGAAUUUAGACUAAAGUUUCAAUCUUUCUAGUCAAUCCUAGUGAUUUCUUUUUCAGAAACUUUCAAAUCUCUGUAGAUUUUGGCUUUUGUCUUUCGGGCAUUUUCUCUAUUGCCCCACUUAUAAAUUUGGAUGACCCAGUUCUGUUAUUUGAUCUGAUCCUUUCUUGCUGUAUUUAAGUUGUCUUGCUAUUAUAUCAAGUGGGGUUCUUUGAAUUUUAUGCCUCAAGAUUGCUGCUUUAAUUCUUAGGGUUCUGCAAAGACUCCAUUGACUGAAGUGAAGACUUGAUUUUGUGUGAAAAGAAAUGGGAGCUCAAGGUUCAAAACUUGGAACAUGCUGCUUGGGUUCACCUAAGACUGCAGUGCUUGAGGUUCCUGAUGUUGUGACAGGUAAUGAGGAGGAUAAUGGACUUAGUUUACCUGCAUUCCGCGAAUUUACAUAUGAGCAACUUAAAAACGCCACAUCAAGUUUUGCAGUUGAGAACAUUGUGUCGGAGCAUGGUGAAAAGGCUCCAAAUGUGGUGUAUAAAGGGAAGCUAGAGAACCAAACAAGGAUAGCUGUUAAGCGCUUCAAUAGAAGUGCGUGGCCUGAUGCUCGUCAAUUCUUGGAAGAGGCUCGGUCUGUUGGUCAGCUUCGAAAUCAAAAGUUGGCAAAUUUGCUUGGUUGUUGUUGUGAAAAUGAUGAGAGAUUGCUUGUGGCAGAGUAUAUGCCUAAUAGUACCCUAGCAAAACAUCUUUUUCAUUGGGAUGCACAACCAAUGAAGUGGGCAAUGCGGCUGAGGGUUGUUUUUCAUCUUGCUCAAGCUUUGGAAUAUUGUACAACCAGAGGUCGUUCACUCUAUCAUGACCUUAAUGCAUACAGAAUUCUGUUUGAUGCGGAUUGUAACCCCAGACUUUCUUGCUUUGGCUUAAUGAAAAAUAGUCGAGAUGGGAAAAGUUACAGUACAAAUCUUGCCUUCACUCCUCCAGAGUAUUUGAGAACUGGGAGAAUAACUCCAGAGAGUGUAAUAUAUAGCUUUGGUACUCUGCUGCUUGACCUCAUUAGUGGAAAGCACAUUCCCCCAAGUCAUGCCCUGGACUUGAUAAGGGAUCGAAAUCUUCAGAUGCUGACUGAUUCUUGCUUAGAAGGACAAUUUUCCAAUGAUGAUGGUACUGAGUUGGUACGACUUGCUUCCCGAUGUUUGCAUUAUGAGCCACAAGAACGGCCAAACACUCGGUCACUGAUCUCAGCCUUGACCCCUCUUCAGAAGGAAAUUGAGGUUCCUUCUCAUGUUUUAAUGGGUGUCCCGCACAGUGCUUCAUCCUUGCCUCUAUCUGCUCUGGGUGAUGCAUGUGUAAGAAGGGAUUUGACUGCUAUUCACGAAAUCUUGGAUACACUCGGAUAUAAAGAUGACGAAGGAGUGGCUAAUGAGCUUUCUUUUCAAAUGUGGACUGAUCAAAUGCAGCAAUCUUUGGAAUCAAAGAAAAAGGGUGAUAGUAGCUUCAAGCAGAAAGAUUUCAAGUCUGCAAUUGAACGAUACACACAGUUCAUUGAUGGCGGUAUGGUUUCUCCAACAGUUCAUGCACGCCGUAGUCUCUCAUAUCUAAUGAGCGACAUGCCUCAGCCAGCAUUGGAAGACGCAAUGCAAGCUCAAGUGAUUUCACCUGUGUGGCACAUUGCUUUAUACCUUCAAGCUGCCGCUCUUUUUGCCCUUGGAUCAGAUAACCAGGCUGAAGAGGCUCUUAAAGAGGCCACUACUCUUGAAGCCAAUAGGACAGGUACUGAUACAAAGUAAUCGGAAACCCCUGUGAAUUAACAUCUUGAUACUUGAUCGAAAUGGUGCUUUUCCCGAUAUACCUCAACAUAUGAAGCUUAAAAUGGUAGAACGAGAAAGCUACGCAGCAAUUCUUUUGUCGGAAGUAUUUUGGCUCCAUCAAACUGGCAGCAUCUGAGCUGUGAUAUAUGUCUGAUGUUGAAUCGAGUUUUAACAGGUUGAUUAGCAUGUUUUACCUACCCGUGGAGAGUUGCAAGCACAGGACAUCAGAAUCCUAUAAACUUGUAAUUUGUGUACAGUUUAAAUUGUAUGUGGUAUUUUGAACUAAACUAAAGUGUUUCAGUUGGAACUUAUGGGCGGAAGAAAAUGAUGGCUUCCCUUUCUCCUAUCAAAACUGUGUGCAAAUUGCAAUGCCUUCUUUAUUCUCUAGCAUAUAUUUGACCAACUCACUAUUGUUACUGAUGUUUUGUUCAACA